CACGCGUUUUGCGUGUUGACGUCACCGUUCCAUCAUGGCGCUGCGCGGUGCUGCGUGUGUUCUGCUGCGGACUGCGGUGGAUGUGGGCUUUAAAAACCUUGCGAGAGGGGUUCGGUCCACAGCUGUUUUGGGUCACCGGUCCCCUCCUCUGGGUCCGAUGCCUAAUGAGGACAUUGACUCUGGUCAGCUGGACUCUUUGGAGAAAUAUCGCAGUUACACGCGCUAUGUGACCGCAGUGGAGGAGGCCGACCGGAAGGAGGUGUGGUGGAGGACCUAUAGGAAACACAGAGAAGAACAGACGGAGGAAGCCGUUAAGCCGAUUAACAUUGGUCUUCCGUAUCAGCGUCCGUCCAGAAAGACAGAGGUGAGAGAGAGGAAGAGGUUGAUGAUGGAGAACAAAAGAAACCCUGAGCUGGAAAGAGCCGAUCGCCUGCGUGACUUUCGAAUAUCCGUGGACAAAGUAAAAGCAGAAUGGGAGAAGUCAAACGGCCCGUACCACAUCCAGAGGGUCGCUGAACACUACGGCGUCUAUAAAGAUCUGUUUCCCAUGGCGUAUUUUGUGCCUCGGGUGAUGCUGCGUGUGACUUACGGAGACAACAGCGAUGCAGUGGUGCAUUAUGGGAAUCACUUAACGCCAACUCAGGCGGCACAGGCACCUCAGAUCAGUUAUGAAGCGGAGGAGAAUUCUCUCUGGACGCUGUUACUAACCAGCCCAGAUGAACACCUGAUGGACGGUGAACAGGAGUAUCUCCACUGGCUGGUUGGGAAUAUCCCUGGAAAUGCGGUUAUGUCAGGAGAAGAGAUCUGUCAUUACAUCAGUCCAUUUCCUACCAGAGGAACAGGCUUUCACAGAUUUAUCUUCAUCCUGUUUAAACAAGACGGCCCGGUGGAUUUCAGCACCGACCAGCGAACCGCCCCAUGUUAUUGUCUGAAGCAGCGGACUUUCCGAACAUUGGACUUCUACAGAAAACAUCAGGAUGUCAUUACUCCCGCCGGUCUGGCCUUCCAUCAGAGUCAGUGGGACCAGUCGGUGACAGACACAUUUCAUCAGUUAUUCAAUAUGAGAGAGCCUGUGUUUGAAUAUGAAAGACCACCAGUGUAUCACCCAGCCCAGAAGAAAUACCCUCAUGGACAACCUCUCAGAUACCUCGACCGCUACAGGAACGGAACAGAACACACAUAUGGAAUUUAUUAAAUCUUCACGUGUGUAAUAUGUUCAUUGUAUGUUUCUUUUUCUAAUAAACUAAAUGUGACACUGAA